AACCCAUGUGAAGACUUUCCGGUCCAUCUCUCCUAUCCUCUCUCUCUCUCAUAUGACUUCUUGCUUCUCCUCUCAAACUUCCAUCCUUUCACACAAACAUUUUUUUUUUUUUGGCCGCCAUUUCCUUAGCGAAGACUCGUCAUCUUGGAAACCAAGCUUCCAUAUUUCCACCAACCCAACCUCUCCAAAUCCUCCCUCCCAAAACCAUCCAAAUCUCUUCCAUCCAAUCGCAUGGUGAACACCUCAAUUAUCCAUGAAUUCAUAGAUUCCCAGCUCCUGAAUCCUCCCUUAGCUUUCCCAUCAUGGCCUCCGAUCGGCCCCUGCUGAUUCCCUCGCCGCCGCCGUCGGCAAAUCCCGCAGCUCCCACCGAAACCCACUCCCCCGGUCCGAUUCCUCCCCCCCUCGCAAAAUCCUCCUCUCGCGGCUCCUCUCGAUCCCAGAACGCGGACAGGACUCCAUCCAGCAGUGAAUUCUCCUUCGCGGCAGAGCUGAAGGCCAGCUCGAAAGCAACGUUCUCCAUCGAGAACUUCGUCCACUCCGGCUCGAAGCCGGCCCGCCGGGAUCCCUCCAAGCGCUCCGACUCCGGGCGGCUCGGCUCGCAGAGGGAGAUCAGCGACGAGGAGGCCCGCCCCGUUCCCCGCCGUGGCUCCCGCGCCGACUCCGAGCGCCUCGCCACAUCCCAGAAGGAGCUCUCCGACGACGACGCCCGCCUCGUCUACAUCAACGACCCGGCAAAGACCAACGAGCGCUUCGAGUUUGCCGGCAACUCCAUCCGCACCGCCAAGUACUCCAUCCUCACCUUCCUCCCCCGCAACCUCUUCGAACAAUUCCACCGCGUCGCCUACGUCUACUUCCUCGUAAUCGCCAUUCUCAACCAGCUCCCUCAAUUGGCCGUCUUCGGCCGUGGCGCCUCCGUGCUCCCGCUCGCCUUCGUUCUCCUCGUCACCGCCGUUAAGGACGCUUACGAGGACUGGCGCCGCCACCGCUCCGACCGCAUAGAGAACGGCCGCGUCGCCAGCGUCCUUGCCGACGGCGGCCGCCAAUUCCAGCCCAUGCUCUGGAAGGAUAUCCGCGUCGGGGAGAUCAUCAAGAUCGCCGCCAAUGAGACCAUCCCCUGCGACAUGGUCCUCCUCUCCACCAGCGACUCUACCGGCGUCGCCUACGUCCAGACCAUCAACCUUGACGGCGAGUCGAACCUCAAGACCCGCUAUGCCAAGCAGGAGACGCUCUCCAAGUCCGUCGACAAAGAGGGAUUCGCCGGCUUGAUCCGGUGCGAGAGGCCGAAUCGGAACAUCUACGGCUUCCAUGCUAACAUGGAGAUCGACGGAAAAAAGGUGUCUUUGGGGCCUUCAAAUAUAGUUCUCCGGGGUUGCGAGCUAAAGAACACGGCUUGGGCCGUCGGCGUGGCGGUGUAUGCCGGGAGGGAGACUAAGGUUAUGCUCAAUAGCUCGGGGACGCCGUCGAAGAGGAGCCGGCUGGAGACCCAUAUGAACAGAGAGACUCUGCUCCUCUCCGGGCUUCUAAUUGCUUUGUCCUCGGUAGUGUGUGUUCUUGCCGGAAUUUGGCUGGGGAACCACAAGGAUGAGCUGGAUUACUCGCCCUAUUUUAGGAAGAGGAACUUCUCAUCCGAUGACGAGAAGUAUUACAACUACUACGGAAUUGGGAUGCAGAUCUUCUUCACGUUCCUAAUGUCAGUCAUCGUGUUCCAGAUCAUGAUUCCCAUUUCUCUUUACAUAUCGAUGGAGCUGGUUCGGCUCGGGCAGGCCUAUUUCAUGAUCCGGGACGCAAGUUUGUAUGAUGAGGCCUCGAAUUCGAGGUUCCAGUGCAGGGCAUUGAACAUAAACGAGGAUUUGGGGCAGAUUAAGUAUGUGUUCUCGGACAAAACCGGGACUUUGACGGAAAACAAGAUGGAAUUCCAGUGUGCGAGCAUUCAGGGGGUCGAUUACAGUGGCGGGAAAGCUUCUUCGCCCAGAGAUUGGGAAGUGUGUUCAGUUGUAGUAGGCAAUCAGUUCUGGAGGCCAAAACUGUUGGUGAAGACUGACCCUGAGCUAGUGAGGUUACUGAGAAGUGGAGGGGAGACUAGGGAAGGAAUGCGUGCCCGUGAGUUCUUCCUUGCACUUGCAGCUUGCAACACCAUUGUGCCUCUGACGGUCGAGACUCCAGACCCUAAACAGAAGUUGAUAGAUUAUCAGGGUGAGUCUCCUGAUGAGGUGGCACUGGUUUAUGCAGCUGCUGCAUACGGCUUUGUGCUUGUCGAACGGACCUCUGGGCACAUAGUCAUUGAUGUUCUUGGGGAAAGGCUGAGAUUUGAUGUGCUGGGCCUCCAUGAGUUUGAUAGCGACCGGAAGAGGAUGUCGGUUAUCAUUGGCUGUCCUGAUAAGACAGUUAAACUAUUUGUGAAAGGUGCAGACAAUUCUAUGUUUGGAGUCAUAGAGAGCUCUAUAAAUUUGGAUAUAAUUCAUGCAACUGAGACUCACCUUCAUGCCUACUCAUCCUUGGGUCUUCGAACACUGGUCAUUGGUAUGCGAGAGUUGGGUAGUGCUGAGUUUAUCGACUGGCAGUCUGCCUAUGAGAAAGCAAGCACUGCACUGAUGGGGAGGGGAAGCUUACUACGGGCAGUUGCAGCUAAUGUAGAAUGUAAUCUCCACAUAUUGGGGGCCUCCGGAAUUGAAGAUAAACUGCAACGGGGUGUACCUGAAGCCAUAGAAUCUCUUAGACAGGCAGGGAUCAAGGUCUGGGUUUUGACAGGAGAUAAGCAAGAAACUGCCAUUUCCAUUGGCUAUUCUUGUAGGCUCCUAACAAGUGAAAUGACUCAGAUUGUUAUAAAUAGCCAUUCCAAGGAUUCUUGUCGAAAGAGUCUAGAAGAUGCGAUUGCCAUGACCAACAAACUAGCAGCAAUAUUUCCUGGGGCACAGAAUACUAUAACAGGCACAGGAUCUCCAAGGAUCCCUCUUGCUUUGAUCAUUGAUGGUACCAGCCUUGUGUAUAUUCUUGAAACUGAGCUGGAAGAAGAGUUAUUCAAGGCAGCUACAGCAUGUGAUGUUGUCUUAUGUUGCCGUGUGGCUCCACUCCAAAAAGCUGGGAUAGUUGCACUUAUAAAGAACCGCACCGAUGAUAUGACCCUUGCUAUUGGAGAUGGUGCAAAUGAUGUUUCAAUGAUCCAAAUGGCCGAUGUCGGGGUUGGCAUCAGUGGCCAAGAGGGACGGCAAGCUGUCAUGGCCUCGGAUUUUGCCAUGGGACAGUUCAGAUUCUUAGUGCCUCUUUUAUUGGUUCAUGGUCAUUGGAAUUACCAAAGGAUGGCCUACAUGAUCUUAUACAACUUUUACAGGAAUGCUGUAUUUGUCUUCAUGCUUUUCUGGUAUGUACUCUAUACGGCUUUCAGCUUGACGACUGCAAUAACUGAAUGGAGUAGUGUGUUGUAUUCUGUGAUCUAUACAGCUCUUCCUACCAUUGUUGUUGGAAUUCUGGACAAGGAUCUGAGUAGGAAGACACUGCUGAAAUACCCCCAGCUCUAUGGUUCGGGUCAAAGGGAAGAAAGAUACAACCUAAAGUUGUUCAUCCUAACUAUGAUGGACACUGUUUGGCAAAGUCUAGCUAUUUUCUUCAUCCCUUUUCUUGCAUACAGACACAGCACUAUCGAUGGAUCCAGCUUAGGAGACUUAUGGACACUUGCGGUAGUCAUUUUGGUAAACAUCCACUUGGCCAUGGAUGUGCUUCGGUGGAAUUGGAUUACACAUGCAUCUAUAUGGGGCUGUAUAGUUGCCACGGCCAUUUGUGUCAUCAUCAUAGACUCCAUGCCAGUACUAGCUGGUUACUGGGCUAUCUAUCAUGUGAUGGGGACUGGACUAUUUUGGUUAUUGUUAUUUGGCAUUACAGUAGCAGGGAUGGUUCCUCGUUUUGCCAUGAAGGCUUUUACCGAGUAUUUCUUUCCCAGUGAUAUACAAAUUGCUAGAGAACUAGAGAAGUUUGGAAAUUUAGAUGCGGUAGCUGCUUCAGAAAUUCCCAUGAGUACAUUCUCACCACGCCACCGGCGGUUUAUAUGAUGAUUUUUGUUUUUCUUUUCUUUUUUCGACUUGUUUGUAUAUUAUUCUUUCAGCUGUAAGUCGGAUAUCUUGCCAAUUGCAAGCUUCUUACCAAUCCAAAGAGAUAGAUUUGUAAGCCCACAGUGUGUAUUAAUCUUUCAUUUUUUCGUUAAAUCAAAUGCAAAUUAGCAAUAUAUGACGUACCCGUGUUGUCAAACUA